AUGCAGAUUCCUCAGAGGCUGUACACGCUAGACGAGCUGAGAUUGAACGGCAUAGAAACUACGUCUCUUUUGUCUCCACUGGACGCCACGCUGAGUUCCGUAGAGAGGGGCAUUCAGGCUGCUGCUGUCUUGGGAGGAGCUGCGGCUUGGAACUUUCUCGAGCUAAACCCUCAACAGAUCUUUUUCUUGUCGCUUGGGCUGUUGUUCCUCUGGACCUUGGAUGCGGUUACUUUCAACGGCGGUAUCAGUUUCUUGGUUCUUGACACACUUGGCCACUCAUUCAGCCAAAAGUACCAUAAUAGAGUUGUUCAGCAUGAGGCAGGCCAUUUCUUGAUUGCAUAUCUGCUUGGAAUUUUACCCAAAGGAUACACACUAACCAGCUUGGAGGCACUCAAAAAGGAAGGGUCUCUCAAUGUUCAAGCCGGGACUGCUUUUGUCGACUUUGAAUUUCUUGAGGAAGUGGGUCUGCUUAAACCAACUAUAAUUUCGCUUAACUAUACACUGAACAGGUUCUCGUGCAUAGCACUAGCUGGUGUGGCAACAGAGUAUCUCCUAUUUGGUACUGCAGAAGGAGGUCUUGCGGAUAUCAACACGUUGGAUCGAUUACUAAAGAGCUUAGGCUUUACACAGAAGAAGGCGGAUGCUCAAGUCAGAUGGGCUGUGCUGAAUACUGUCCUACUCCUUCGUCGUCAUGAAAAGGCUCGGGCAAUGCUUGCAGAGGCCAUGUCUGAAGGACAAUCUAUAAGCUCCUGUGUCCAAAUGAUUGAGAAAACAAUAGAUGUCGAUGACUUGUAA